AUGAAAGGCAAUAUUUGGAACAUGCUUUGGAUAUUAUUAUUACUUUCUGUGACAUAUAUUGUUAUGGGCGUAACAGUAAUUAUUGGCUUUAUUGGUCACUUUUUCUACUGGUUUAUAUUUGAUCUGUGUGGCUUUGGUAAUCGACAAACAAAUCGAAAACUUCAUGUUACAACAAAUCAAAAAGAAGAUGAAUAUUAUGCUCUUAUUAUUGGUUCUGGAUUUUCAGGUUUAGGUAUGGCUAUUAAAUUAAAACAAUUAGGUACUGAUAAUUUUAUUGUAAUCGAACGUCAUGAGCAUGUUGGUGGUACAUGGUAUGCGAAUAAAUAUCCAGGAUGUGCAUGUGAUGUUCCAUCAAAUCUUUAUUCAUUUUCAUUUGAGCCUAAUCCAAAUUGGUCUUAUUUUUUUAGUCGACAAACUGAAAUAGGUGAUUAUCUUGAACAUUGUACAGAUAAAUAUGAUAUUCGUCGACAUAUUAAAUUUCAUACAACAGUUACAAAACUCAAAUGGAUUGAUGAUAAACAACUGUGGGAAAUAACAAUACAAUCAUCAGAUAAUCAAGAAAAACAAAUUUAUGCUCAGUUUAUUAUAGCUGGUUAUGGACCAUUAUCGAAUGCAUCUUAUCCAAAUGAUAUUCCUGGUAUUGAUAAGUUUCAAGGUCAAAUGUGUCAUACAGCUGAAUGGAAUAAAAAUAUUGAUUUUACAAAUAAACGUGUUGCAGUUAUUGGAAC